AACCGACAUUGAAUGAAAUGAUGUUAUUCAAGGACUUGUUGUAGUUUCAGAUGGAUAGCCUGUUAAUUUAGGACUGUGAUGGUUGUGAGAAAGUCUGUUUGGAGGGGGCAUGGAAACCUCAGGGAAGGAUUUUUUCUGGAGAGGCUAAAUGGAACUGUUCUGAAUUAGAAAUUGUUCUAAAAUGAAUCAUACUGGCCUAAGGGAUAUGCUUGAUAUAAUGUUACCCGUUUCCAUGGUUGUGAUUGAAGAUAAUGGCACUGUGUACAGUGGUUCUUACUGAGUACCUAUAAUAUACCAAUCACUUUACAUGGGUUUUUGCCCCCAAUAUUCGGAACAAAACUUUGCUGUUAAUGCUCUAAUUGUCAUAGGUUCUGUUGAGCUUCAUACUAAUGGCUGUGACUAAUGUAGGAUAAUUUUUUAGUUCUCAUGUAUUCUGUCAUUUUGCUAACCUGUCACUUCUCACUUUCAAUUUUAAUUUUGCUUUAGAUUGUAAUUAUUAACUUCUUGGGAUGUACAGUAAGUUUUUAACUUCACAUCAUUGACAGGUUCUUUCACAUUAAGUAAAAUGAUGUAUAAUAGAACCAGUUUUACCAUAGGCUAAUUGAUAUAAACAACCCUUCUUAAAAAACUUGGAAGUUCUUGCCAAAUUUUAACUUUUUUCUUUUAGAACAAAUUCUGUACAACAUAAAACAAGAGUAUAAACGCAUGCAGAAGAGAAGACAUUUAGAAACUAGUUUCCAACAGACGGAUCCAUGUUGUACUUCUGAUGCACAGCCACAUGCAUUUCUCCUCAGUGGACCAGCUUCACCAGGGACUUCAUCUGCAACAUCCUCACCAUUAAAAAAAGAACAGCCCUUAUUCACUCUACGACAGGUUGGGAUGAUCUGUGAACGUUUGUUGAAAGAACGUGAAGAGAAAGUUCGUGAAGAGUAUGAAGAAAUACUGAACACAAAACUUGCAGAACAAUAUGAUGCAUUUGUGAAGUUUACCCAUGAUCAAAUAAUGCGACGAUAUGGAGAACAGCCUGCUAGUUAUGUUUCAUGAAUCACAUUUUCCGCGUUUGUGGGCUGCCUUGUCCCUUGUUGAAUUGUUGCAAGAGGUCCCAAUUAUGACAUGCAGCAAUGCCAAUACCCCCCUGUGAAUACAGGUUAUUUCAAGCUUUCCUCAGUGGCAACCACUCUUAGGCAGCAACUGGUUUUGGAAAUUACCCUGAUGUCAGUACCACCUGGAUAUGGACCUUUGCUACCUGUAUUAAUUCCAUUGGUCUCAUUUGCUGUAUCAUUACAAUUUGGCUUCUUAUAUUAAUAUGUUUGAAAAGGAUUAAAGCUGGUAUUCUAAGAACAUGCCCUUCACUGGUUGUGUAAAUAAAACUGUAGAAUGAUACUUCA